CUCCUCCUCCUCCCGACUCUCACGGCGCCGCUAAGUUUCUUCGCUCGGGACCGCGCGCCGGGCGCGGGCUGGGCGCGAGCCGUGUGCCGGUUGCCCCAUCCUCGCGCACAGACCCGGGCCAGCUCCGGCCCCCCUUGGACCAUGCUGUGCGGCAGCUGGAGAAGGAGCCGUCGCUCUCCCGAGGAACCGCGGGUGGCCGCCCAGGUCGCAACGCCCCUCGCGCUCCCGCCCUCGCCCGCGUCACCGGACAGCGGCACCAAGAGGCCUGGGCUGCGGGCACUGAAGAAGAUGGGCCUGACGGAGGAUGAGGAUGUCCAAGCCAUGCUGCGGGGCUCCCGGCUCCUCAAGAUCCGCUCACGCACGUGGCACAAGGAGCGGCUGUACCGGCUGCAGGAGGACGGCCUGAGCGUGUGGUUCCAGCGGCGCGUCCCGCACGCGCCUUCGCAGCACAUCUUCUUCGUGCAGCACAUCGAGGCUGUCCGGGAGGGCCACCAGUCGGAGGGCCUGCGGCGCUUCGGGGGCGCCUACGCGCCUGCGCGCUGCCUCACCAUCGCCUUCAAGGGCCGCCGCAAGAACCUGGACCUGGCGGCGCCCACCGCGGAGGAGGCGCAGCGCUGGGUACGAGGCCUGGCCAAGCUGCGGGCGCGCCUGGAUGCCAUGAGCCAGCGGGAGCGGCUAGACCACUGGAUCCAUUCCUACCUGCACCGGGCCGACUCUGACCAGGACAGUAAGAUGAGCUUCAAGGAGAUCAAGAGUCUGCUUAGGAUGGUCAACGUGGACAUGAAUGACAUGUAUGCCUACCGCCUCUUCAAGGAGUGUGACCAUUCCAACAACGAGCGUCUGGAGGGGCCUGAGAUUGAGGCAUUCCUGCGGAGGCUGCUGAAACGCCCCGAACUGGAGGCCAUUUUCCACCGGUACUCGGGUGAGGACCAUGUGCUGAGCGCCUCUGAGCUGCUGGAGUUCCUGCAAGACCAGGGAGAGGACAGUGCCACCCUGGCCUGUGCCCAGCAGCUUAUCCAGACCUACGAGCUCAAUGAGACAGCCAAGCAGCAUGAGCUGAUGACGCUGGAUGGCUUCAUCAUGUAUCUGUUGUCGCCUGAGGGGGCUGCCCUGAACGUGGCCCACACGUGUGUGUUCCAGGACAUGGGCCAGCCCCUUGCCCACUACUUCAUCUCCUCCUCUCACAACACCUACCUGACGGACUCGCAGAUCGGAGGGCCCAGCAGCACCGAGGCCUACGUUAGGGCCUUUGCCCAGGGAUGCCGCUGUGUGGAACUUGACUGCUGGGAGGGACAAGGCGGGGAACCCAUCAUCUAUCACGGGCGCGCCCUCACCUCCAAGAUCCUCUUCCGAGAUGUGAUCCAAGCCGUGCGUGACCAUGCUUUCACGUUGUCCCCAUAUCCUGUUAUCCUAUCCCUUGAGAACCACUGUGGGCUGGAACAGCAGGCUGUCAUGGCCCACCACCUUCGAAGCAUCCUGGGAGACAUGCUGGUGACAAAGGCCUUGGAUUCCCAGAACCCCGAGGAGCUGCCGUCUCCCGAGCAGCUGAAGGGCCGCGUCUUGGUGAAAGGGAAGAGGCUGCCAGCUGCUCGGAAUGAGGAUGGCCGAAUGCUGUCGGACAGGGAAGAUGAGGAGGAGGAGGAAGAGGAGACAGAAGAGGCUUGGGAGGCUGCAGAGCAGAGGAGGCGAGCCAAGCAGAUCUCCCCAGAGCUCUCAGCACUGGUUGUGUAUUGCUGUGCCAGCCGCCUGCGGACCCUGAACCCCAGGCCUCGCCCACCUCAGCCUUGCCAGGUCGGCUCCGUCGGUGAGCGCAAGGCCAGGAAGUUUACCCGGGAGGCAGGGAACAGCUUUGUCAGGCACAACACUCAGCACCUGACCAGAGUGUACCCAAUGGGGCUGCGGGUGAACUCGGCCAACUACAACCCCCAAGAGAUGUGGAACUCAGGCUGUCAGUUGGUGGCUCUGAACUUUCAGACUCCUGGCUACGAGAUGGACCUCAACACCGGGCGCUUCCUCAUCAAUGGGCAGUGUGGCUACGUUCUCAAACCUGCUUACCUGCGGCGACUGGACACCACCUUUGACCCCGAGUGUCCAGGACCCCCCAGAACUACUCUAACCGUCCAGGUGCUCACAGCCCAACAGCUGCCCAAGCUGAAGGCAGAGAAGCCCAGUUCCAUUGUGGAUCCUCUAGUGCGCGUGGAGAUCCAUGGGGUGCCCGCAGACUGUGCCCACAAGGAGACUGACUACGUGCUCAACAAUGGUUUCAACCCCUGCUGGAAGCAGACACUGCAGUUCCAACUCCGGGUCCCCGAGCUGGUGCUGGUCAGGUUCGUGGUGGAGGACUAUGACGCCACCUCCCCCAAUGACUUUGUGGGCCAGUUUACACUGCCUCUCAACAGCCUGAAGCAAGGGUACCGCCACAUCCACCUGCUUUCCGAGGAUGGAGCCUCGCUGUCCCCCGCCACGCUCUUUGUUCACAUCUGCAUUGAGAACUCUUGAGGGUCUCCCUGACUUACCCUAGGAUCAGUGGGGGCUGGCGUCGUGGCACAGAGCCCCUCACAUGCCACCCGUCCUGGUCACCAGGUGCUGGCAUACCUGGGUGCUGAGAGCUGUUUAGUCCCUCAGUGAGAGAUAGGACCACGAUCCGCGUCUCGUCCAGUGACCCACUGGACUUCAGGAGCUUCCAACCCCAGGGCCUUGAGGUAAUUCUAGCUACCCUGGUCACCCUGGUCUUCAGCAACUUGAGGAGAAGGACACCUGUCCCUCUGCCCUCCGGCGAGGCCAUCUUCGCCUCCUUCCCUGAAAAGAGCACAGCAGUGCACAUCGCCUCCUUUCAGGACGUGAGUGGGACCCAAGAGCCUCCUCUCCUUCAGCUUUCCUGGUUUCCCUUUCCUUCCCGUCUCAGGCAGGCAGGGAGCAGAUGAACCCCGGGGGGACACCGGGCAGUGGGUUUGUAACGUGAGUCACAGAAGAGCCCUGGAGAGGGCAGAAGAGUAACUAUUUUUAAAAAUAAAGAAAAAGUGUACUUCCUCA